AUGAAGCUAUUCCACGCCUAUUCAUCCCCAAAAUCAGCAUGUUGGUCCAUUGUAUCUUCCUUCGCUCGUUUCUUGUUCGUCGAAGUUAAUCCCUUUCUCAUUCAGCUUCACUACUUUGUCAUCCUCUCCCUACUAGGUUUCUUGGCUCUCGAGGUUUCCAAGACUAGAACGCAGCCCUUAUUUAAACCUCAAAGCUUGGACUUGUUCUUCACUUCAGUGUCUGCGAUCACAGUUUCCAGCAUGUCCACGGUUGAGAUGGAGGUUUUCUCCAAUACCCAACUCAUAAUCAUGACGAUUUUGAUGCUUCUUGGUGGAGAGGUCUUCCUCUCCAUGAUUGGGCUUCAACUCAAAAGGUCUAGGUUUGUGAACAACGAGAAGGGAUUGAAUGCACAUGAUAAUUCAUCAAAUAAUUCGAAUCAAGGAAUUGAAUUAGGUGUAACCCAAAACCCCGAACAUGAAACUCAAAUAGCAUCAAACUCGGGUUUAGUGUCGAUAUUGAGGUACAACAAAUCAACCCAGUUUCUAUCAUAUGUCAUCCUAUGUUAUCUCUUAGUGGCUCAUGUUAUUGGGGCUAUUUUAGUAUACAUGUACUUGAGCUUCAUCAAAAAUACUAAAGAGUUGUUAAGCCAAAGGGGCCUUCAAGCCGAGACCUUUUCCAUCUUUACCGUAGUCUCUACUUUUGCAAACUGUGGAUUCAUCCCUACAAAUGAGAACAUGGUGGUUUUCGCUGAGAAUUCAGGUUUGCUUCUAAUUCUGAUUCCGUUAGCCCUCAUGGGGAAUACCAUGUAUCCGGUGUUUCUACGAAUCCUUAUAUGGUUUUUAUGGAAGAUCACGAGGAAGCAAGAGUUUGGUUUCUUGUUAAACAAGGAAGAUGUCGAAAAUUUGGGUUAUGAUCAUCUAUUUCCAAGAAAACGGUCUUUUUUCCUUGGAGCCACGGUUUUGGGAUUCAUAUUGAUCCAAUUUGUGCUCUUCUGCUCUAUGGAAUGGAAUGCUGAAGCAAUGAAAGGUCUCAGUUCAUUUCAAAAGCUAGUCGGUUCUCUUUUUGAAGCUGUGAGUGCUAGGCAUACCGGGGAAUCCAUUGUCGAUCUGUCUAUUGUAUCUCCUGCCAUCUUGGUGUUGUUCACUAUGAUGAUGUACCUACCGCCCUAUACUUCAUUCUUGCCAAUUGAGGAGCAAGAGAAGUUAAACUUACACAUGGUGCAAAGAAAAAGAAGAAGCAAGAAGCUCAUUGAUACCAUAUUAUUCUCUAAUCUGUCUUAUCUGGUGAUGUUCAUCAUUCUGAUCUGCUUUUUUGAAAGAGAAAGCAUGAAGAAUGACCCUCUUAAUUUCAAUGCCCUGAACAUCACUUUGGAAGUAAUUAGUGCAUACGGGAAUGUUGGGUUCUCGGUGGGAUAUAGCUGCAAACGAAGAAUACAUCAUGAAGGUUUGUGCAUAGAAAAGUUGUAUGGAUUUGCAGGAAAAUGGAGCAACAAAGGAAAGUUCAUGCUUAUUCUUGUCAUGUUCUUUGGGAGGCUUAAGAGCUUUACUAUGAGUGGUGGUAGAGCUUGGAUACUUGCAUAACCAAUAUAU